AAGAACCUGGGCAAGACAAAGUCUUCUUGCAUUGAAGUUAUAGCACUAAUACAAGCCAGACUAGCUUCUGUUAAAUUAAUAAAUACAACAUCUCCUACAACAAUAAGUAAAGCUGUAACAAAUGAUGAAAGUAUAGAGAAAGCCAUAACAAACAAUGAACGUAUAAAGAAAGCCAUAAUAAACGAUGAACGUAUAGAGAAAGCCGACAAUGGAAAUGAUGAUAAAUAUCUAAAGGUGGAAUUGUUAGAUGAAGGCGAAUGUGAAGAUGUAAGGAUAUUCAGAAAGAGAAAAAGAAAGAAUGAUACAAUUGAAGUAAUAGAACCGUUAGCUAAAAAAGGAAAGGUUCAAGAACUAAAACCAAUAAAUGAAAAGAUAAACUUAUGUGAGAACAUGAUGUAUAUACCUUUUGCUGAACUUUCUGAUGACCUUGAUUUAUUAAAGAAUGCUGAUGACCAAAAUAUAAAAAUUCAGAUUGUACAAGGUGUUUUUCAAGAUGAAAAAUCAAAAUCAAGUGAAGUAGUACUCGUAUAG